UAAUUUGAUAUAAGCUGGCCAAACGAAUACCCGGCACCCUUAUCUCAGUAUUCAGUGAAACUCCUCCUCUCUCGCCCUCUCUCUCUAACUUCCUUCUUCCCACAGAUAUCUUACAGAUUUGUACUCGGUCAUUUCGUCCUCAUCAAGAUCUUAAAUACACUGACAAUAUGCAGCACAAUUUCAUGGAAGAAAGUAUGAAUCAAAACAGUAUUGAGUUUAAUUCUCACCAACAAUACCAUAUACUUCAACAAAUCCAUACCCUACCCACUACCCAACAAUUAUUCCAAGGCCAGAAUCAUUUUCAGGCACAUUUUCAACCCCAGCAAAGGAGGCUAAAUGAGUCGUACUGUGAACCGGGUGAAGAAAAUAUCGGCAGCUAUGUCGGAGGCGAAGAUAGUGGUUCAGUACCCUUUUUCCCGGCGAGUUUGAAGUUGGAUUUGAAUCAUGAGAGAGGCAGAAAUAAUAAAGAGAGAGCUGUUAUAAUUAAUGAAAGAGAAGACGCUUUGCUGCGUGGGAGUGAGCAAUAUGAUGUCCCCGAGACUCCACUGCCAAUGCUUCAUUGUUGGCAAAACCAAGACGAUUCUGCCAUCGGACAACGCUUCUGGAAGCCAUUAACUGCAGCAGUAUUCAACGAGGAGAGUGAGAUAGAGGAUAAACAAGAACAACACCAAGAGAAUCGGAGAGAUCAUUGUAAGUAUUUUCAGCAUGAACCUCAAAUGAACUGUUUGGAGAGAGAAUGUAGACUAUAUGGAGAGCUUGAAGCAAUUUAUAAAAGUAUCGGCACUCCGGGGAGUAAUCAAACUGGUUCUGGAUCAGUUCAUUUUCCUGUAAAUACCCAUCUGCCAGAGCCGGAGGCUUCUAUCGGAGAAGAAGAAUCCAAGAAAAUGGCUAAAAGGAAAAGAAAAAGGAAGAAAGUGAAGGAUCAACUGGAUUCAAUGGUGAAUUUUCUUGAGAGUUUAGUUAAUCAAAUUAUGGAACAUCAAGAAAAUCUUCACUUGAAGUUUACACAAGUAAUUGAAAGAUUGGAUCAAGAGAGAAGAGAAAGAGAAGAGGCUUGGAGGAAGCAAGAACUGGCCAAGUUUGAGCGAGAAGCGGAGGCCAGAGCUCGUGAGAAAGCCAUGGCAACAAGUAGAGAGGUAGCCAUUGUUUCAUACUUGGAGAAAAUCACAGGUCAAAGAAUCAAUCUUCCUCCAUUAAAGUUGCAACCAAUAAUUUCUCAGAAUCCAUUCCGCACGCAACUCAACUCUAGCAGUGGAAGUGAUGUUAGAGGGGAUGAACAGAUGGCCUAAAACAAAACCCAAAAUCUAGAUUCAGAAUCCUUUAAUGCAGGGGUUAAAGGGGGAUUGUUUUGGGAGGAGGAAAACAAUUCAAUGGGACCAAAUAUAUGAUUUGAAACGUAAGAAAUUCAAAGCAAGUUGAGAAAGAUAACUCUUUGGGAUUCCAUUGACACUUGGGAAUAUGGAUUCUGAUAAGUGGUUAAUCUGUGAAGGAUGUUGGAAAAGGAGGAUGAUUAUGGAUCAAUAAUGGUAAUACAGCUGAAACGUGAAAACCGGCUCUUCUAAGAACUAGGGUUUAUUUGCUGAUCUUCUUGUUAACUUUCUUAGCACUGAGUUUUUGCCUUAAUUAUUUAUUUUCAAUUUUUUUGAUGGAUUGAUUUCAUAAUUAAUCUUUCUUAGAAUUUGAUUAUAAAUUUUUAGAUAAGAUGAUUUAACGUUUUUAUGAAAUUGUAUGCAUUAGAUA